CUAAAUAUGCCGCCAAACACCAACACACCUCGGUAGACCCCAGCUUACGUCACCGGCCCUCUGAGCCUCCUUGGUCUGAAUAGGGGCAUAUAUUAUUUCUAAGAGGGCUUCUCACAUUUGACUUCUUGCUCUCACGUCAUCGUCGCCAUGGAUCGUAUGUUUCCGGACAAUGUGUCCUUAUAUGAUGACCCGCGAUCCUCUUCCACACAGUCUUUGCUUCCUUCUCCGUUCGAAAACGAGGAUUCAGGACGCCGGAAACUACUCGUCAUCUAUAUCCAUGGUUUUAUGGGCAACGAUGCCUCUUUUCAAUCCUUUCCCGCUCAUGUGCACAAGUACCUUAAACUCGCCUUAUCCGAGACCCAUACUGUUCAUUCCAAGAUCUACCCAAGAUAUAAAACUUAUAAGGCUCUUGAUGUAGCCCGCGAUAACUUCAGCAGAUGGUUGGCCCCGCAUGAAUCUCCCACCACCGACGUGAUUCUUGUCGGUCAUUCUAUGGGAGGAUUAUUGGCCGCCGAUAUUGCUCUGAUGCCAUCUAGAAACCAAGACCAAAUGGGGUACUUUCUUCAUCGCAUCAUAGGGACAGUUAAUCUAGAUGCGCCCUUCCUCGGGUUGCAUGCGAGUGUCGUUACAGCUGGUAUUGCCAGUCUAUUUCGGCCUAAAUCGGACACACCAAACUUGCCCGAGGCGCCAAUACCAGAGGAUGAAUCGGUCCUGUCCUUAUCUAAUAUCACCUCAGCAAACACUUCGAUAUACUCGGAUCCAUCCAGCGCUUCUCAGUCCCCGAGGCCACAAGGGAUCCCGUAUGGUAUGACGUUCGAUCCAAAUUAUAAUCCAUCGUUUGUCAACGAUGUCCCUCUUCGGGAUAGGGGCUGGUGGAGAAACGUUGUCCACUUCGUCGAGAAGCAUAAUUCGGAAGGUCUGAUAGACGCCGUCAGCCAUCACCUCGUGUCACAUCUGGAGUUCGGAAGCUGUCUCAUGGAUCUAAAUAACCUGAAGACUCGGUAUGAGAAUAUUCGUAGAUUGGAAGAUGUAGACGAUCUAAAAGAUCAUGGAUUCCCUCACGUACCCCCACAAGUUCGCUUCAUCCAAUACUAUACAGUGUGCCACGGAUAUCCUAAGAAGCCCAAGGACCCAGGCCCUAAUAAUAGCUCGGAAAUCUCGGAGACCAUAUCGAAUGCACGGUCAACUCCCUCGACACCGCAAAUCUCAAUUCAGAGUCACGAUCAUCCCCCAAGCCCGCAAGAUCUGGAUACUACCAACAGCAAUGCUUUACUGCGGGAUUCUUUCGAUGGCAAUUCCGAAAGCCCAGAAUUGCAGUUACUUGAUCCUGAACCAAUGUCCGAAGAGCCUCAACCGAUACCCGGAGCUGACGCAUUUGAGGAGCCUCUAAAAGAUACUAAGGGCAAGGUCUCAGAAAACGGUAUAUCGGUCAAUCAUGGUGAUAGCGGUGAUACGGAAGCACUUUCUCAGCAACCCCAUAAGAAUUCCUUGUCUCAACAGUCCUUAGAUAACGACACAAUCUCAACAACUGAUCUUACCGAUGCUGUAACAUCCUUAAGUAUUGGUCUUCCUACAAUACCAGAACUUCCUAUGAGACCCGAACCGCCGGAUUUUGGCCAGUAUACAGAUAAAGAUGUGCGGAAACAAGCCGAGAAGGAAGCCAAGCGGGUGCAGAAAGACUACGAUAGGCUCGUAAAGGACCGUGAAAAGGCUAUCAGGGAACGGCAGAAAAUCUACGACAAAAGGAAGAAGAAGUUAGCGCAAGAGACGGAGAAAAAAGUGAAGGAAGAACAGAAACGGCGCAAGAAAGAAGCAGCCGCCAUUGCUGCGUCGAGCUCCUCAAAUUCGGACGACGGACCUCUUAGAAACACUUCUUCCACAGUCGCGCAAUCAGAAGAUCCCGAUAUGGCGUCGCCUCUAGCUAGUCCCUCGGCACAGUCCCGGGGUACGGCCAAGUCUCCAAAACCACCGAAAGAGCGUAAAUUUUGCAACAUUCCAAAGGUAGACGGCGAGGUCGACCCGAAGUGGGUCAAGAUCUUCAUAAAAGACAUGGACCAAGUCGCCGCGCACACGAGUCUAUUCUUCAGAGGCGACCACUACGAGAAACUUGUUGGCGACGUCGGCCAGACCGUCGUAAACUGGGUCCAGGAUGACAUGACGAAGAGGGCUAUUUUGGAGAUGCAAUAGGAGAGCAGAAACCUAGAACGUUGGUUUCGUCGCGGCUCCAGAUCAAUAGCAUAUGGAAGGGCACUUUAUGUUAUGUUGUAUAAUUAAUAUUGUA